CUUUGAAAUGACGACGGCGAUGACUUGUACGCGACUGACUAUCUUUACGGUCGCCGGAGUAUUAAUUCAGAUCAUCGGACUAUCGAUUUUUGUCUUCGGUUUCUUUCCCGUCAAGCCGACUCUCUCUGGCGUCAGUGGUCGGGAGAGUUAUCGGAAUCCUUUCUGUGAUUCUGCUCCGACUUCGAACGAAUCGGAGAUUCAUCCUGAGAAACUGAGAUUGCUCUAUCAGGAGUUAUCUGGCAUCUCUUCUAAAUAUGAUCGACUGAUUUUGAUGGUUAUUGAUGGGCUUCCUGCGGAGUUCGUUCUAGGGAAAGAUGGCCAACCUCCAUGGAAGGCAUGGAAAGAGUCUAUGCCUUAUACACAGUCACUGUUGGCUAAUGGAGAUGCCAUUGGUUACCAUGCUAAAGCAGCUCCUCCAACUGUUACAAUGCCGAGGUUGAAGGCAAUGGUUUCUGGAGCUAUUGGUGGUUUCUUGGAUGUGGCUUUCAAUUUUAACACGCAAGCCCUCUUAGAUGACAACCUUCUUGGUCAGUUCUUUAGGAUUGGUUGGAAAAUGGUGAUGCUCGGCGAUGAGACUUGGCUCAAGUUAUUCCCUGGGCUAUUCAUGAGACAUGACGGUGUUAGCAGUUUCUUUGUCAAAGAUACAGUACAGGUAGAUAGAAAUGUGUCACGACACUUGCCGGAUGAGUUUAAUAGUCAUGACUGGAAUCUCUUGAUCCUUCAUUACCUUGGUUUGGAUCAUGUUGGCCAUACGGGCGGCCGUAACAGCCCCUUGAUGGCUUCAAAACUUAAAGAAAUGGAUGAUGUAGUUAGAACAAUGCAUUUAAGAGCCAUGGUGGAUCGUAGACAUGAUCAGGGACAGACUCUUCUGAUAGUAGUCAGUGAUCAUGGCAUGACUGAGAAUGGAAAUCACGGAGGAUCGUCAUAUGAAGAAACUGACUCCUUAAUGCUCUUUAUUGGCUUGAGUAGCAAUAGUUCUGACUAUGCUGCAGCUACCAAUAAUGUAGCUUUCCAGGUAGAUUUGGCGCCAACUUUGGCUCUUCUAUUUGGUGUGCCGAUCCCGAAAAACAAUGUUGGAGUCCUUGUGCCUGGAACACUCAGUUCUUUAAGAGAUUACGAGCAACUAAAGGCGCUAGAACUGAAUUCCUGGCAGUUACUCCGACUAAUGCAAGCACAGAUACCAAGUUCCUCGUUUGUAGGUUUCUCCUGCAAUUGCUUCCUUGAUGGAACUUGCGAGGGUCUUGGUUCAGAUAUUAGUGAGUGUUCUGGGGAUAGAGAGAAGCAACUUAUCUGUUUGUUUAGGAACGCUGAUGUUCUCCAUGGCAUUUGGAAGUCCAAGAAAUUGACAGAGUCGUCUAGUGCCAUGGAAGAUUUCAGCAGAGCUUUAGAUGCAUAUAACGUCUUCUUGAAAACUGCAAGUGAGUGGUUAGCAAGCAAAACCACUGAAAAACCAGUUUUCUUACUCGGUCUUGGGGUGAGUGCCAUGCUUCUUUCAUGCUUCGUCUGUGUCACUCUCUUCCUCUCCUUACUGAAAGAAGUUUACCAUGAGCCCAAGGAUCGAGUCUACAGCUUGACUUGUCUGCUGAAUUUAGAAGAGGUCUUCAUUUUGGUCGUUCUUUUGAUAUCCGUUAUAAGUAUGGGAUCUAGUUCAAUGGUGGAAGAAGAGCAUUAUAUAUGGCAUUUCAUGGUAUCUACAUUCUAUCUCCUGUUACUUCUCAAGACAGCAAAGUCAUUCAAUCUUUCCACGGGGUUGAACAUACUCAGAGACCAUAAAAUCGGUUCUAUCUUUCUGCUUCUUAUUUCUGGUAGACUACUGAGAGGUUGGCGUCAAGGCGGCGUGAACUGGACUUACCUUCCUGAUAUUUCCAAGUGGCUAGAGCAAGUUGGUAGUGGUUAUGUCAAAUGGAUUCAGCUAAUCUCAAACUUCCUUGUUAUUGGCCUCGGACUAUUUACUCUCUUUCGAACAGGGUCAAAGAGAAAAAGUGUCUGCAUCCUAGCAUUUGGUUUCUCAACAUGUGGGUUCCUGAUUCUUCUGCAUGCCUGGAGAUAUCAGGAUGAUAUGUUUGCCGAUUAUGGAGCCACUGUAACAGCAAAACUUAUCUAUAUGUUUCUUUCUCUAUCUGCCAUUGGAGCCGCUUUAGUGUUGCCAUGGUCUAUGCUAAACAAAGACAAGUCCUUUCUAGCUGAAGCAGGUGAUUGCUUGUAUUUGAUCGGCUCUGCAUACAUACUGUGCUGGUGUCUUCUACAGUUACUUCUCCAACAACCGAUAAACUCUGGGGCCAUACUUUUGCUGCUCAUCCAAAUCUUAGCGAUUUCAAGUCUUUCUUCCAAAGAUUUGCAGGUCAAAGAAUGGAUUGAGAUUGCUGCACUCUACUACAUGGGAAUGGCAGGUCACUUUGCUCUUGGAAACAGCAAUACGUUAGCAACCAUAGACGUUGCUGGUGCUUUUAUCGGAAUCUCUAGUCAUUCUACAAUACUUUCAGGGAUCUUGAUGUUCAUGAUCACCUACGCAUCUCCCUUGCUGUUCCUUUUGUCCCUUGUCAUGUACAUCGGCGCAAAGCUAAGAAACCAAUCACACUCUCACGGGGACACGAAUCUCGGACAAGCCUUGAAGCUAACUCUCGGAUUCCCUUGCCUCGUUCCUCUCUGCAUCAGUUCAAUACUCUUGACUGCAUACACUGCGGUUUUGCUACUAAUGAGGAAUCAUCUCUUUGUGUGGAGUGUCUUCUCUCCCAAGUACCUAUAUGUGUGUGCAACCACUCUCUGCACAUACAUUGGAGUCUGUAUCGUCGCUGUUACUGUAACCUACACAUUUUCUGUCACUACCUUCCUUAGAAGCAACGCAACAACAAGACAACGACUCGUAGACUCGUAGUUAAUUAUGGUCUUUCUUAUGUAGGCAGAGAGAUACUAUUUGAUGUUGUAGAACAUUAAAGAUACUGUUUAAAUUGAUUUUUUUUUUUUUUUGCUGACUCAUAUCUUUAAUUUAUUAUUAGUUAAGUUAACUAUAUUAUUAUUAACUUGUGGAAGUAUAAUUGUGUAAUGUCUAAUAAGUUGAUGAAACAAAU